AUGGCGGCGCAUCUGAAAAAGCGAGUUUAUGAAGAAUUUUCCAAAGUUGUCCAGAUCCCCCAUGAAGAGGCUCCAGCCAAGAAGCUGCGUCUGUCCAAACCCAGCAAGUCCGCAGCUCUGCACGUCGACCUCUGCAAAGCCACCAACUCCACCGAUGCCCUGCAGUACCUGCUGCAGUUCGCUCGCAAGCCCGUGGAGGCCGAGAGCGUGGAGGGCGUGAUCCGGAUCCUGCUGGAGCACUACUACAAGGAGACUGAUAACUCGGUGAGGCUGAAGAUCGCCUCCCUGCUGGGUCUGCUCUCCAAAACUCACGGCUUCAGCCCCGACUGCAUCGUCGACGACGCCAUCAACACCCUCGGCAACGAGAAGUCCCAUCAGGUCCUCGCCCAGCUGCUGGACACCCUUCUGGUCAUCGGAGCGCAGCUGCCCGAGAGUCCUGCUGUCAGACUGAGGCUCAUAGAGGUGGCCUGCAAGCACCUCUCUGAUACGUACUUCGGGGUGAGAAACAAGUGCCUCCAGCUGCUGGGCUGUGUCGGCAUGGUGGACGCUCCUCUGACCAAAGACAGCGAAGCUCCCGGCACAUCCUCAGCACCAGGAGGAGGGAGGGACGUCCAGGGCAUCAUAAGCGAGUACUGUUCGGACCAGGACCCCAGAGUGCGCACGGCAGCCCUCAAAGCCAUGCUUCAGCUUCACGAAAGAGGGAUGAAGAUCAAUCAGAUCAUCUAUGAGCAGGUCUGCCGGCUGCUGUCAGACGACUACGAGCAGGUUCGCUCUGCCGCCGUACAGAUGGUCUGGGUGCUCAGCCACCUGUACCCCGAGAGCAUCGUGCCCAUCCCGUCGUCCAAUGAGGAGAUCCGGCUGGUCGACGACGCCUUUGGGAAGAUCAGUCACAUGGUCAGCGACGGCUCCUGGAUGGUCCGGGUCCAGGCCGCCAAGACCCUGGGUUCGAUGCAGCAGGUCAGCCCUCACUUCCUGGAACAAACUCUGGACAAGAAGCUGAUGUCGGAUCUGAGAAGAAAGCGAACGGCCCACGAACGGGCCAAGGAGCUGUUUGCCUCGGGGGAGUUUUCCUCCGGCAGGAAGUGGGCGGACGACGCUCCCAAAGAGAGGCUGGACUCCAACACCGUCAACCUGAUCGCCUCGGGGGCCUGCGGGGCCUUCGUCCACGGCCUGGAGGACGAGAUGUUCGAGGUCCGGAUCGCGGCGGUGGAGGCGCUCUGCCAGCUGGCCCGCUCCUCGCCCAGCUUCGCGGAGAAGUGUCUGGACUUCCUGGUGGACAUGUUCAACGACGAGAUCGAGGAGGUCCGGCUCCAGUCCAUCCACGUGCUCCGGCAGAUCUCCACCCACAUCACGCUGAGGGAGGACCAGCUGGACACCGUGCUCGCCGUGCUGGAGGACUCGUCCCGGGACAUCAGAGAGGCGCUCCACGAGCUGCUGUGCUACACCAACGUCUCCACCAAAGAGUGCAUCCAGCUGGCCCUGCUGGAGCUGCUGAAGAACCUCAGCAAGUACCCCACCGACCGCAACUCCGUCUGGAAAUGUCUGAAGUUCCUGGGCUCCCGCCACCCGACGCUGGUUCUGCCGCUGGUCCCUGAACUGCUCAGCACUCAUCCCUACUUCGACACCCCGGAGCCGGACAUGGACGACCCGGCCUGUAUCCUCCAGAGCCGGCGGCCGUUGUGUGCUUUGUUGUUUGCUCUGCAGGGUUCGAAACUCGUGGGAAUUUGGUUUUAG